CCUUGCCUGCCCAAGCAAAAAGCCCUGACUGAGACCCAAAGCAUUUCGACUCACCCGACCUCGUGUCCUCUGCUCCCAACGACAUCCGAGUCUCAGCCAUGCCAGUGACAGAAAAACAGAGCACAGCUGAAAGAAUGUCAGACCACGAUAAGGAUGCCGAUCCCGACAGAGAAAAGUCGGGCAAAUCAAAGUCCUCUUCCUCUUCAAAACAGAAAGAUUUAUCCCAUGUUCCUUGCAAAUUCUUCAAAGUUGGCGCUUGCACAGCGGGUUCCUCUUGCCCCUUCUCCCAUGUUGUUCCGGAACCUGGUCAAACCAAGGACGUCUGUGCGUGGUUUAUCAAGGGAAAUUGUAAAUUCGGGCACAAAUGCGCACUCGCACAUGUACUUCCGGGUCAGAGUAUGUCUAUGGACAGGAAAAAUAAGAAGGCUGCCCAGUUAGCCGCGAACGGCGGCGUGAAUGCUGGCGCAAGUGGUGGGGGAGGUAAAGGCUCGAAAAAGAAGGACGGUCCGAGUGGACAGCCAGUUGAUGGUGGUUCGGGUAAGGGGACGCCUGUUCAUGGACGUCCAGGCCUUCUCUCUGGAUCGACUGCACCGACACGUGCUACCUCGUCUCGCCCACCGAUCUCCAUGCCCCUGAAAGCCACCAUUUCUCCCUCUGCACCGGCACCACCGCUCAAAGACACAGACUUUGCGGCGUUUGUGCUUCAGGACGACGAUGACACAACCACAGCUAACGGGCCCGCUGACACUUCCGAUGCUGUGGACUUCGCCGAGUCUACUAAAGGGCAAGCUGACAACGAGGAUGAAUCCGGACCUUCCUCCGCAAAUCCUUCUGUACCGUCCGACUCCCCUACAGAUGCCAGGAAUCCCUCUCCGCCAACACUUCCUGUCAGUGUGCCCAGUGCCCCCCGUAGACCCAUUCUCUCUGCGGAAGCCUCGGACCUUGGUCCAAUAGGAUCUCCUCCACGAGGUUCAUUGCUCGCUCAUUCACCUUUGUCGAAAGACCCUGUGCCAUCCACCUUCCAUGCUCAGACAUCUUUGCUCACUGAGACAAGGAAUCGCCUUGGGUCCGGACAAGGAGGUAUAGCGUCGUCGCUUGGUUCCACCCACCCGCCCGCAUGGAAAACGGAGCUUGGCCCAGUUCCUUCCCAGGUAUUGACUGCCAAGACAACAAUGGAUGUUACUGUGGGUCUGAAGAUCACACGGGCGGAGAAGGACCGCGACCGAGACGGCACUAGUUCUGAGGAGGAUUUGGAGGAGUUUCUACCAUCCUCCCUUACUGACCUACUCACACCUUCUGAGCGCUCCCGCCGCAUGUCUCGCACUCACUCCAAUUCUUCCCGUCCAACAAACCUGGGCGACAUGUCGUCACCCCUUCACCCCCAGCAUAACUCCCAAAAUCAGAGUCACCAGCCGCACCACCGCUACUCUCGCUCUGUACCAGCACCUUCGCUUCUUGGCGACGUCAAGUCGAUUUGGGCGGACCGUGCAGCCCCAAAUAAUGGGUUGCCUGGAUCUCCUGACACGCAUGCUUUCGGUGUGGGCACGAUCGGCUCGGGUACACCGAGCUCUCUCAAGUCAAACGGCUUUGGAGCACCAGGUUCCGGUUUAGGCGGACCAAGUGCGACAACCGGGUCUCCGUUUGGGGCAUCCCCCUUUUCGGAUGAUCUCCACUCGCCAUCACCAUCCUUGCUUGCGCCUUCUAAUGCAUCCGCUGCAUUCCUUCCAGGUCUUCACCACUACUACUCUAAGAUGAACGCGGCUAAUGCACGCGUGCCUUCAAAUACGAACGGACUGGGAGUUGGUGGAGGUUUGGGUGGAUUAAGUGGACUGAGCCGGUCUCCCCUCUCGAACACUCCUCUGCACACACCUGCUAUCGAUGAAGGGCGAGCGGGCACCGGUGCUGGUGCCGGUCUUGGAGAGUCAUUAUCUCCAUCUAUCCGAGCUCUCCAGGCUCACGCACCAGGGCAGAGUCUUCCUCAGGGUCUCGCAGCGGGUUACUCCCGUAUCCACGCGCUCCCAGUUGCAGUGUCCCCCGGGUCCCUUGGAACGUCCGCCGGUGGUGUUGCGCUCAGCCCUGGUCAGGGACAAAUACCUUUCGGGACCAACGCAGGUUCAAGCACGGGAUUGGGUGUGGGACAAGACUGGCUCUCCAACCACUCUCACGUUCUGACAGAAACCUUUUCGCACCUCUCCCUUUCGUCUCGCCAGGAAACAACAUCCACCCCAUCUCCUGGUCCUGUCCCAUUGCCGUCCUCCAUGGCAGGACUUGACUCUAUGUUCUCCCGUCUCCCGACAGCACACUCGCCUCGUCGUACGUCGCCACAGUCGGCGACGAACAAUGAUAGGCACUGGCACAAGCACGGGGCAUUCAGCCCAUUAGGUCAACCAGUAACAACCGCGGAUGAUGACGACCUCUUCAAUAUGGAGUAGGAACCCACGCGGAAAAUAAAUCAAUGACUGGCACACACAAGUGCCUUAAAACUUGGAAGUAAAGAACGAUGCUACGAAUGUACGUAUUUACCGGUUACCGGCAAUAAUUCCGACGAGUCGGUCGGAUACCUAUCAGCCAUCUAUGGUUUUGGCUACUGUAACGUAUCCUUACGAUCCAAAAUGUGUUGCCUUUCUUUCACGGUGGUGGUGUUGAUAUUUAUACCAUUCGUUGUGUUCUCACUUGUAUGAUCUAAUCUUAAGUAUUGAAUACCUUCUGCCGCCUCCCGAGUGAAAAGGAUUUAUGCAGUAGCCGUAUCAUUGCACACGGUAAUAUAAUACACAAAUAAAA